AUGGCGGCCCCUGGUAAUUCUGCGCCCUGGCAAGCUCUCGUCAAAGAGAAACAAGAGAGGCAAAAGGCGACCAUACCCCCUAAAUGGCUCAUCGAGCUGCCUGAUACAAGGACCCUUGACGUGACAUCUAUUCCAGAAACUUGUGGCUUAUUGAGCGCAAGGGAACUAGAGAUAACCAGGUCGAAUGUCGAGGUAUUGUUGCCCAGGUUGGCCAGUGGAUCGUGGAGCGCGGUGGAAGUGACCACGGCUUUCUACAAGAGAGCUAUAAUCGCGCACCAGCUGACCAACUGUCUGACAGAGAUAUUCGUCGAUAAAGCUUUGGCUCGAGCGGCUGCGUUAGAUGAACACCUUAAGACGACGGGGAAAGUUGUUGGACCACUUCACGGUCUCCCCGUUUCCUUGAAGGAUCAAAUAAAUAUUGAGGGUAUCGAAGCGUCCAUGGGUUACGUCUCCUGGCUCGGAAAAUAUGCGACCAAGAACUCGGUUCUAGUCGAUGUACUGCUCGAGCUCGGCGCGGUCCCAUUCGUCAAGACGAAUAUACCUCAGACACUGAUGUGGCCGGAGACCUUCAACCACAUAUUUGGUAGAACUUCUAACCCCCAUAACCGCUCCUUAACCAGCGGGGGAUCGUCAGGGGGAGAAGGAGCACUCAUUGCUUUGAGGGGCAGCCCACUAGGCGUCGGUUCAGAUAUUGGAGGUUCCGUACGAAUUCCUUCUGCGUUUUGUGGCGUCUACGGUUUACGGCCGUCAUAUAAUCGCAUCCCAUAUGGCGGAUGUGUCAACUCGAUGGAGGGGCAGGACUCUGUUCUUUCCGUUCUUGGUCCUAUAUCCAACAGCGUCGUCGGCCUUAAAGCCUUCACACAGUCAGUGAUCGAGGCCCAACCGUGGCUUAAGGAUCCUCUCGCCCUUCGAAAGCGAUGGAGCCCCGAAGAGUAUGAUCUCAUUGAACAUAACAACGGAAAGAAUCUAUGUUUCGCGAUCCUCUGGAAUGACAGGCUCACCGUGCCGCACCCACCCAUAAUCCGUGGGCUCGAAACGACAAAGAAGGCACUUAUCGCUGCGGGCCACACAGUGAUCGACUGGGUGCCUCACAAACACGGCGAAAUCUACGAAACACUCAGGGCUGUCUGGGCAGCUGGUGCAGCCGAAGAUUAUGCUGUUACGACGUCCCCUACGGGCGAGCCUGUUAUAAGCACCAUGAGCCCUGAUCCGGAUGUUGCUGGGACGGAGGCGUCCUUCCGUCCGGGUAAGGCUGGGAUAUCUGCCUAUCAGCUUUGGCAGACGCAGAAGCGCAAGAGGGAGCUUCGAGAAGAAUACCUGGCUCACUGGCAGCAAACUGCUGGAACGACCGGCACAGGACGACCCGUCGAUGCCAUCAUCUCCCCUGCAGCUGCCUACGCCGCACCACCUCAUGGAAAAAAUAAAAACGCCGAUUACACCAUGAUAUGGAACUUGCUUGAUUAUACCACGAUGGUGAUCCCAAUCUCCAAAGUCGACCCAACAUUUGAUGUCAAGAAACCGGCGCACGAAUUUUUGAGCGAUAGAGAUCAGAUUAACUAUGACCUAUAUGAUCCUGUAGUAUUCGCCAAUGCUCCAAUAUCCAUUCAGGUCGUCGGACGCACCCUCGAAGAAGAGGCAGUACUUGCGUUGGGCAAGAUCGUCGACGAUGCAGUAAAGGCAUUGAGUACAAAGGCAACCGGCAAGAUGUGA